CUAUGUUUUAGGUGUAGACCUGGUCUAAAGCUCCACCAAAAAAAUUCCUACAUGCAAAGGCGUUGGACAACAUUCAGGUGCUGGCUGGAAUCCACCGGACUCUAGGAGACUUGCAAAUGGAGCAGGGAAACCUUCCUCAUCUUAUCCCUUGCACGUAGAGUCGGGAUAGCAGAUAGUAGGCGGCUGUCCAUCAGAACAAAGUGUAACGCUUGCUCGCUCUGUGAGCUUCUGUGGCUGGUGAGGCCAGGCUAAUUUUGUCCAGAAUUCCGACUGUCCCCUCACCUAAAUGACAUAGAAUUUAAGGUAGCUGUCCUGACUGUGAGAAUUGCUUGGAGAUGUAUAUUACAUUUUCUUAUGGAGAUUGCCUGGUGUAGCAGUCAGCAUGAAUUAGGUGAUCUGCAUGCUAUUCCUAGCUCUGCCACUGAUGAGCUGUGUGUCACUCUGCAUUCUGUAAAAUGGGGCUAAUCAUAACUAAAGAGCCAAAUACCGAAAUCCUCACCCCUGGUUUUCAUUCGCUCCGAACUUAGGCUAAAUCCGACUGAUGUUGAAAGUUUUGUCUGAGUAGGAGCUCCAGGAUUUCACUGAAUGUUUGCAAAGCCCUCAACAGCCUUGGCUAGGUGCUUUAGAUUGGCAGAGUAUUAGCCGUCCUAGUGUAAGAGCUGGAUGAAUGCAGCACAGAUCUAAGCAGCUGUUUACAUUGCUUUCUGUGUCCUGGCUAGAGGUUGAUAAGGCAUGUGUAUAACUGUAGAGCAAGGAACAAGCAGUCUAAGACGAGAGGCAUUUCUUCUGCAACGGGAAUGGCAAGGGGCCUAGUUUACUUCAAAAGCGGCCCACUUUACAGUCUUUGGAGACUGUUUCCAAGUCCUAGAUCUACCGUCAACUGAGCAUUUGUGGGAUUUCCCCUCCCUUGUACAGAAACACGCAUAUCCUGCAGACGAGCUAAUGCCUUUGAGUUGUCGGGGCCGAGUGCGCGGGAUGGAGCCGAGUCGUGGGGAUGUCGAUGACGCCCUUGGCAAGUUUUCCCUCACUCUAAUUGACACUUUGGAUACACUUGUGGUCCUUAACAAGCUGGAUGAGUUUGAGGACGCUGUGCGGAAGGUGGUCCUGGACGUGCGGCUGGACAACGACGUGGUGGUCUCUGUCUUUGAAACCAACAUUCGUGUGCUGGGGGGCCUGCUGGGGGGUCACAUCAUGGCCGACAUGUUGAAGGCACAAGGCGUGCGGCUGCAGUGGUACAAGGACGAGCUCCUGCACCUGGCCCGGGAUUUAGGGUACCGUCUCUUGCCCGCGUUCAACACCACCAGCGGGCUGCCGUACCCCAGGGUGAACCUGAGGUAUGGGGUCCUGAGUCCGAACUCCCGGACAGGCACCGAGCUGGACACCUGCACGGCCUGCGCUGGCACCAUGAUUUUGGAGUUUGCUGCCCUCAGUCGCCUGACGCAAGAGACUGUUUUCGAAGACACUGCUCGGAGAGCGCUGGAUGUUCUCUGGGAGAAGCGCCAGAAAGGGAACGACCUGGUGGGGACGGUCAUCAACAUUCACAAUGGGGACUGGGUGCGGAGGGAUAGCGGGGUCGGAGCCGGGAUCGACUCGUACUACGAGUACCUGAUGAAGGCGUAUAUCCUCCUGGGGGAUGACACCUACCUGGACAGGUUCAACGCUCAUUACGUGGCCAUAAUGAAAUACAUCAGCCAGCCUCCCCUCCUGCUCAACGUCCAUAUGCACAACCCCACAGUCAGCAUCCGGAGCUGGAUGGACUCCCUCUUGGCCUUCUUCCCCGGCCUCCAGGUGCUCAGGGGGGAUUUGAAGCCCGCCAUCGAGACGCACGAGAUGCUGUACCAGGUCACCAAGCAACACAAAUUCCUCCCGGAGGCGUUCACGUCCGACUUUGCCGUGUACUGGGCCCAGCAUCCUCUGCGGCCGGAGUUUGCCGAGAGUACCUACUUCCUGUACAAGGCUACCCGAGACCCCUACUACCUCCAGGUGGGCAAGUCCAUUGUCGAGAGCCUGAACGAGUAUGCCCGGGUGGCCUGCGGCUUUGCGGCGGUGCAGGAUGUACGGACGGGCCGACACGAGGACAGGAUGGACUCCUUUUUCCUGGCCGAGAUGUUUAAGUACCUCUACUUGCUUUUCACAGAGAAGCGAGAUCUGCCUCUAGACAUUGACGAUUACAUCUUCACCACCGAGGCCCACCUGCUGCCCCUGUCACUCUCCACCGCCCGGCCCCCCUGCCCCAGGAACAUGACCAUGUUUCGCAGGGGCCAUGGAGAGGAGGAGAUUUUUACCCGUUCUUGCCCCAGCGCACAGACUCUCUUCCCCAAUAACCCAGCCUUCACCCGCACCAUCCGGGAUGCCCACAAGCAGCUGCUGCAACCAGGAGCAGAGCGCCUGGCGCUCUUCAGGGGGAUUGAGUUCCCUUUCCAUGAUACCAGGAUGGAACCCUUGGAGAUCUUGAAGAGCAUGGGACUGACCCUGCUCCCUCUGGGUGACAGGAGCGUGCAGUUGACCAGCCUCCGACACCAGCCAGACGCUUCUCCCCUGGGGCUCUUCAGCCUGAAAUUCAUCACCGAGCUGGUCGACCCGCCUGCAGCAGAGCAGCAAGGCAUCUCCCCGCUGGCUGUCCAAGUUCUCUCGCCCCCCUUUUUUGGGAGAACGGUACUCACCGCUGGACCAGCCCAGUUUGGAAUGGACCUGACCAAACAGGAGCACGGGGUGAAAGGGAGCUUAGUGCUGAGUGAACCUUACCAGGCCUGUGCAGCGAUCAGCAACCGGCAGGAGGUGCAAGGGAAAAUGGCGCUGGCCCAGAGAGGCGAAUGCAUGUUUGCCACCAAAGCCAGGAACUUGCAGGAAGCAGGAGCCUCGGGGGUGAUUUUCAUCGACAAUGCUGAAGGCAGCUGCAGCGAGGAGAUGGUUCUGUUCCAGAUGGUGGGAGAUGGAAGCACCAGUGACAUAGUCAUCCCCCUUGUCUUCCUCUUCCAGAAGGAGGGGCAAGUCCUCUUAGAUGCACUGUCCCAGCAUCGCAAUGUGGAUGUGCUGCUGGCCACUAAACCCAUGUUCCUAGGUGAAGAAAACACAGACCAGCCCUUGUCUGCAAGUCAGUUGCACGAGGCAGCCACAGAGACCCGCACCGGGAUGGUGACAAGUGCUCCAGACCAAGCAUGAGUGGAGGCUGCUUCUGCUCUCCAGGAGGCUAGUGGCCAGCUAGAAGGCAGCUGUCUGACGCUCCUGUGGAAGCUGCUCCAAGAGCAUGGAAAAAGCGGAAGUGUUGCACUCCUACCGUUUACUGCAGAGCACGAGUCACAGUUCGCAGGGUGGAAACCCAGUUGCCAAAAACCUCAGGAACUUUCAUGUUUGUAAUUUGGAGGAAGGGAAAAGUGGCAUUUAGCUGCCAGCCAAAGUACAAGUGAGUCAUGACAGUAGCAUCUCCAUUUUUUUUUUAACAACACUUGUGCCAACCGUCUCGGUGAUGCUAAGGGCCAACGUGUGUGUUUUGAAAUAGAAAGAUGUUGCUCACUCUUGGUUUGUUAAUGUGCAAGUGAAGGGGGUUUCUGAGGUGAGUAUCAGCUGUAGCCCUUUCCUUGAUCUUACUGCCAACAAAGAGCAGGGGAUUUUGUACCCAAGAAGGUAAGCCAAGCCCAGCUUUAACUUUCUCUAGCUGUGUCACUUCCAAGUGACGGGCUAGGCUCUGCAGUCUCUAUGGUACUUGGAAAGGGAAAGGUAGGAAAUCUUCACCUAGAAAUCCCACUGGCCUCUGCAACAAGUGUCAGAAGCUCACUACUGCAUGUCUAAACAGUAGGAAUUAAAUUGCCUAAUUGAAAUUUUACAAGCCUUUAGGAGGUGCUGUGGUUGAACCCAAAACUGUGGCACAACUCCGAUGGCUGUAUGAAAGCAAGGAAGGGGGUACUUGGCCAGCUGGGAGACCUAAUCUACACCUGAUAACUGCUGUAAAUUAGGCUUGGCAAUUUGUUACAACUGACCUGUGGUGCCUUUCUAGUGACCAGCUGGUACUGACUAAAGGGGGGGGGAAGAGAUUGCAUCCAUCAGUAUGUGCAUCGAACUUUCGCCUGAAGGAGGAAACAAUUCACUGCAAUUACUGCACUGCCAUUGAAGUUCUCUGACAUAUGUAGUGGUAAAAACUUGUAUAAAGAGGCACCAUAAACUUUC